AUGGCCGAUGGCUACGCUCGUUUGACAGGAAAGCCUCAAUGUGUCAUUGUCCAUGUCGACGUUGGCACUCAGGGCCUCGGUGCCGCUGUUCACAACGCCUCCUGCGGUCGUGCUCCGGUCUUGAUCUUCGCCGGUCUCUCCCCGUACACCAUCGAAGGAGAGAUGCGCGGUUCCCGCACCGAGUACAUCCAUUGGAUUCAAGAUGUGCCCGAUCAGAAACAGAUCGUCUCCCAGUACUGCCGAUACUCUGCGGAAAUCAAGUCUGGCAAGAAUGUUAAGCAGAUGGUCAACCGUGCCUUGCAGUUCGCGACGAGCGACCCCAAGGGCCCCGUCUACCUGGUCGGUGCGCGCGAAGUUAUGGAGGAAGAGAUCGAGCCGUACAGAGUGAACCAGAACGUUUGGGGAGCCGUCCGUCCAUCUGCGCUCCCGGCUGAUGGCGUUGAGCUUAUCGUAUCCGAGCUCGCUGCGGCCAAAGAGCCACUGGUUAUUGUGGGAUACUCGGGUCGGGAGGAGCGAGGCGUGACGGAAUUGGUCACCCUCGCCGAUACAUUCAAGGGUAUCCGUGUGCUGGACACUGGUGGAUGCGACAUGUGCUUCCCAGGCGACCACCCGGCGUCCCUAGGACUGAAGUUCGGUGUACACGAUGCCAUUAAGACGGCGGACUUCAUCCUGGUCGCUGACUGCGAUGUGCCCUGGAUCCCCACGCUGUGCAAGCCUUCCGAUGCUGCGAAAAUCAUCCAUGUAGAUGUCGACCCCCUCAAACAACAGAUUCCGGUAGCUUACAUCGGUGCUAUGGCCACCUUCCGCGCAGAAUCCGCGACGGCCUUCAAACAGAUAAACGAAUACAUCGCCGCCAACGCCUCUAUCAAGCAGAUUGUUGACUCCGAAGAGAACACUGCUCGCGGCAAGCUCCGCGAGGAGGAGUUUAAGAAGGCGCGCCAGACCCUUGCGGAAAUGGCUACUGUCCCAUCUGGAGGCGAAGACGCCUACCUGAACAUUUCGUACCUCAUGUCCCAAGUGCGGAAGGGAUGUCCUGCGGAUACCAUUUGGGCAAUCGAAGCCGUCACGCUUACAGGCUUCGUGUCAGACCAGAUCGCUGCAUCACUGCCAAAAUCCUGGAUCAACUGCGGUGGUGGCGGCCUUGGAUGGUCCGGUGGUGGUGCAUUGGGUAUCAAGCUCGCGACCGAUGUCGCUCAUGGCGGGACGAACAAGGGCAAGUUUGUGUGCCAAGUUGUCGGCGAUGGCACAUAUCUCUUCUCUGUACCUGGAUCCGUCUACUGGAUCUCGCGUCGGUACAACAUCCCAAUUCUCACCAUUGUCCUCAACAACAAGGGCUGGAACGCACCCCGGAGGAGCAUGCUCCUCGUCCACCCCAGUGGCGAUGGAUCGCGCGCCACCAAUGAAGACCUUAACAUUUCUUUUGCUCCUACUCCCGAUUACCCUGGCAUUGCCAGGGCGGCCUCUGGCAAUAAGAUCUGGGCUGGUACGGCGGCCACCGUCGGCGAGCUGCGCAAGUUACUGCCGGAGGCGAUCAAGACCGUUGCGAAUGGUACCAGUGCCGUGUUGGAGGUACAGCUUGAUGGGACUGCCGGAAAGCUCGUGAAACAGUAG